UAGGUUAGUUUAGGUUGACGUUUGGAGGUUAUAAUAAAUAUUUUUUACUUGUAAAUACCGGUAAAUUACAAAAUUGAAGGAGAUAAUGUUGUUUUAUUCGUUUUUCAAGUCUCUUGUUGGGAAAGAUGUUGUAGUUGAAUUAAAGAAUGACUUAAGUAUUUGUGGCACCCUACAUUCUGUGGACCAGUAUUUAAAUAUUAAAUUAACAGACAUAAAUGUAACUGAUACAGAAAAAUACCCUCACAUGCUUUCAGUUAAAAAUUGUUUUAUACGUGGCUCAGUUGUAAGAUAUGUACAAUUACCAGCUGAUGAAGUGGACACCCAAUUGUUACAAGAUGCAGCACGAAAAGAAGCAGCAGUACCUACAAGAUAAAUAUAAGACCAAAGUGUAUUUGAUAAGAUAUUCUCCUAUUUUCUAAUAAAGUGUACUAAAAAGAA